CAUCAGCUGGGACAGACCCGCGGGCGGGAGCCUGCGGGGCGGGAGGCGGGGUGGGGCCCUGGCUCCCCUCCCCCGCCCGGCCGCGGCGUGUGACGUCCCGGGCGUCGGCGGCCGCGGAGCAGCGCGGUGAGCCAGGCGGGCUGCCUGCGGGUGUGAAGAAAAAAAAUGACACUCCAAUGGGCGGCAGUGGCAACCUUUCUUUAUGCCGAAAUAGGACUCAUUUUAAUCUUCUGCUUACCUUUUAUUCCUCCUCAGAGAUGGCAGAAGAUUUUUUCAUUUAAUGUCUGGGGUAAAAUUGCAACUUUUUGGAACAAGGCUUUCCUUACCAUUAUCAUCCUGUUGAUUGUUCUGUUUCUAGAUGCCGUGAGAGAAGUAAGGAAAUAUUCCUCAGUUCAUACCAUUGAGAAGAGCUCCACCAGCAGACCUGAUGCCUAUGAACACACACAGAUGAAACUUUUUAGGUCUCAAAGAAAUCUUUACAUUUCUGGAUUUUCACUAUUUUUUUGGCUAGUGUUAAGACGUCUGGUUACGCUUAUUACUCAACUGGCAAAAGAACUGUCAAACAAAGGCGUACUUAAAACUCAAGCAGAAAAUACUAACAAGGCUGCCAAAAAAUUUAUGGAAGAAAAUGAAAAACUAAAACGGAUUUUGAAAAGCCAUGGUAAAGAUGAAGAAUGUGUUUUGGAAGCAGAAAAUAAAAAACUAGUAGAAGACCAGCAGAAACUGAAAACUGAAUUAAGGAAGACUUCAGAUGCCCUUUCUAAGGCACAAAAUGAUGUGAUGGAAAUGAAGAUGCAGUCAGAGAGACUUUCGAAAGAAUAUGAUCAACUCCUGAAAGAACACUCUGAACUUCAGGAUCGUUUAGAAAGAGGCAACAAGAAAAGACUGUAAACUUUAUAAAAGACGUUUGCAAUAUACUGUGUCAAAAUGUUAAUUUUGUUACGUUAGCCUCUAGAAAAUUUAAGUUCAGAAAAAUGCGCUAUGACUGGUUUGUAAUUUUUUUUAAUGCCACACAUAGGUUGUAUUGUAAUGGCAUUAUCAAAAUAUUUGAUGAUGUUUCAGAUAUAUUGCAAAAGCUGUAUUCCAGCUCUUAAGAAAAAUAUAAGCAUGUUAAAUACCAUAUUUACAUAUUGAUAAUGUCACUGGUAUAUGGUGGCUGUUUACCAAUAAAAGGAAAAAAUUCAUUAACCGGUUACUUCCAAAAUUAGAAGUUUUAAGUUGCAUGAAACCAUUAAUAGCCUUGAAAGCUUUGAUAAGUUUUCAGUAAUAAUAACCUAUUUAAUCAGAUGAUGAUGUGUUUAAAAAUAGUGUUCAAUAUCAGCAAAUUUGUACACAGGGAAUGUAAAUAAGGAUAACUGAUCAGAGUUAUCCACUGUAUUUGUAAGGAAGAGUCGGAAAAAACAAUGACCUUAGUUUUUUUUAAGCCUGAUGAUACUAUAGUUUACUCUAAUAAGAUAGCUAUAUUGAUAAUUAUAUUUUUGUUACUGUGCCCCUGCACAUUUUGGUCUGUUUUUUGUUAAUAUUUUUAUUAAUAACACAUAAUUAGUAACCACGCUACUGUUUCAAGUUAAUCUAGUAAUAGAGCUUACAUAUAUUUGUAUAACUGCUAUACCACUGAACUGAAUUUAUUUUACAACAGUGUAGAAUUCUUGAAAAGUUAACGUAGAACUUAUCCAAAAAGCAGUAUUUAUUUCCCUUGGUUGUGAGAAUAACUAAUUAUAUAAAUAUUACCUCAAAAAUACAUACACUGGUAUCACACAGUCUUUCUACAAUGUUUCUAUAUUCUGAAAGCUAAAUAUUAAGUACUAUUUAGAAGUACUUGAGAAGAUGGCAGUGAUUAUAAUAUUAAUAUGAUUUCAGUUGUUCCAGUGUUUAGACAUGAAAUCAUCUUCCUUGUCUCAUAAAAACCUAAAUAUAAAAAAAGGAAAAUCCUGGAGUUUUUAUUUCUCUUGUCUUUGUUUCGUCCUCUGUUUAUUAUAAUUUUAGCACCAACUUCACACCUAGCUAAUUGUUUUCAUCAUAAAGUGGUUGAAAUGAGCAAGUACAUAAAAAUUUUAUUUCAGAUGAAAGUCAGGAGUUACUGCUAAAAAACAGACAUGUAGGAGACAUUCAACAGGAGUAAGAAAUGGGAGUUAGACCAUAUGGGCUGACAACACCAUAAAUAACAAGAAAAGGGAGUGCUGAAAUAAGAGAGAAUGGAGCAAAUGUUAGCUCAAAGUAUAGACUUAGAAAUAUCAAAGUAAGAGCUAUCUGGGUAGAUAUAUAGAUACUGAGUGCUUGGAAUCCUAGCCUACUAUGUGAAAAUUAAGUCUAAUGUCAGAAUAACUUACAGAAAAAUAGAAAAUGCACAGCUUUAAAAUGGGCAGAGUUAAAAUCUAAUCCCAGCUUUAUCGCUUAUUUAGCCACGCUAGCCUAGACCUCUAUUUCCUUGUCUCCAAAAUGGGAAUAAUAAAAUUUAGAUCAGGAUUACUAUAUAAACUAAGAAAAUACAGUGAUUCUUAAAGUUGUUCAGACUGUAUAGUAAGGAGAAAGGCUGGGUGCACUUUGAAGAGCUUGAAGAUUUGAAAGAUUCCAAAAAAAGCAUUUUAAAGUUUACAUUUAAGGGACCCUGGACCUCAACCCUCUCAAGUUUACAGGUCUGAAACUUUAGACCUCAAAAGUUUGAGCAGUUUUUCCAAGGCAACAUUGAUAGUUAGAUUCAGGGCCAGGAUGUAAUUCUAGAAUUUAGGUAUCCUGAUCCCCCAGAUAUCGCUCUUCUGUUUAUACACAGACCAGCUAUAAUUUGCUAAACAUAAAAUAUUGCAGUGUGUUAGUCAACUGUGGCUCCAGAGUCUGUGCCCUUUACCACCGUGCCCGGCUGUUUCACAUGCUAUGUUUGUUAGUUUUUCCUAGUACUCUCCUUAAUAAUGGCAGUGUUUAGCAAAUUGUAUUAUAUAAGUAAAUAUUUAUUUCAUGGAUUGAGUUAUGUUGCAUAUUAAAUUACUUUCCUUCCCAUUGUCAAUAAUGACUUCUUCAUGUCUUAGGCUGUAUUACAGAUUCAAACACAGGAAUGUUAUUCUUGUCUUUUUCCAUCAGAAUUACAUAAACUUUUAUUAGACUUUCCCCCUACUUGCAAAUCUGCCUGGAGGUUCUGGUCUUUAGGAAGUAGCACUUAGCAAGUUCUGGAUAAGCACUCCAGAAUUUGGGAUGAGUUAUCCUUGUUGUUUGUCCAGCUCUAUCUUGGACCCCAGUGCUGCUAAUUAGAUUCAUGCCUUGUUCUUUAGGGCGUAAGUUCCUCUCUUGGCUAUUUAUCCUAGUAUGCUGAGAACUAGGAUUCCCUUUCAGUGACAGAGUCCUGCCUGGAACCCCAAUCAGGAGCCUAAAGUUUAACUACUUUCUGAGAUAUUAGCCUGAUGCCAGCAGCCUGCCUGAAUCUCUAAAUAUUACCCAUUCUGGGAGUUGUUAAUGGUCUCUGCUUUCCUGCAGUGUCACUCCUGCUUCCUCAUCGGACCUGCUAGCCACAGCUACUUGGAUGUACCUGAACCUGUUGCCUUGCCCUACCUCUGUGGGCUGGUUCAGUUCUGCAUUCCCAUUCCAGUGUCCACUGCCUUCUCGCUGUCCCUCCCAUCUGUGCACCACCACCAGCUUAUGCCCAGCCCUACUAACAUGACAGGCUAUUGUGCAUUUGAGUGCCCACUAUACAAUGUGUGAAUAUGACCGUGCUUUUAAGCAUUGACUUUAAUGUCUAGGAUGAUAUGUCUAGAGUCCAUGGAACCCUCCUGUGUUUUUUCAUCCCUUUCUUAGUAAUCUUGGAAAUCCACUUAUGAAAUUCUUUUUCUUUUUCUAACAUUUCUUUACUGAACAGCAUUUUUAAAAUUACUUUCACAGUGUUUCUUUCCACUUUGAUCUCUACACAAACACAACUUUAUUACUUGCACCAGAAAUGAUUUCAAACACUUUAGGAACUGUGGUAGGCUUAAUUAUGACCUCCCAAAAGAUAUCCCUAUACAAAUCCCUGGAACCUGGAAAUGUUCUCUUUUAUAGCAAAAGAUGUGAUUAAGUUAAAGUCUUGAGAUGGAGAGAUUAUCCUGGGUAACCUGGGUGUGCCCUAAAUGCAGCUACAUCUAUGCUUAUAUAGAAGCAAAGGGAGAUAUUACCACACAGCAGAGGAGAAAGCACAGUGAUCACAGAGGCAGAGAUUGGAGUGAUGGAGCCGCAGCAAAGGAAUGCUGACAGCCACCAGAAGCUGGAGGAGGCACAGAACAGAUUCUUCCCCAGAGCCUCUUCCAGCAGGAGCAUGGCCCUGCAGAUACCAAUAAAACUGAUAUUGGACUUCCUGGCCUCCAGAACUAUGGGAAUAAAUUUAUUGUUUCAAGCCAUCAAGUUUGUGAUUAUUUGUUACUGCUGCCAUAGUAAAUUAAUACAGGAGCAUACAGGACAGAUCUGUAAUGGCCUGAACUGAAUUUCAAGGGGUGUGGAAAACAAUUACUCUAACACCGCUCCAUCUUCCCCAUUAGCCAUUUGGAUAAGUCAAAGAUAGCCUUAGCCAUCUCCUAUCUUAGUUACUUUUCUCCUUCAAUUGUAUUUUGCCUUUGCCAUUGCCAUUGCCAUUGCCUCUGCCUAACUGCAAGCCAUCAUCAUCUCUCACAUGGACUAUGACGACCUCCUCAUCUCCCUGUAUCUUCUCUAGUGCUUCUCUCAUAUACAUGCUCUCAGCAGCCACCUGGUUUAAAAAACAAAAAAACAAAAAAACACUAAGCAUGUCAUUCCCUGCUUGUCUUCCAAUUCUUUCCAACUGUCAUUCCCUGCUUGUCUUCCAAUUCUUUCCAACUGCAGUUAAGAUCAAACCACCAAGACCUCACCAGGCUGCCAUCUACUCUCCAGCCUCAACUCAGUCCACCUGCUCUGCCAAUCAUACCUGUUUCUUUUUGUUGUUCUUUCCCUGGGAUAUAGAUCCUGACAUACUUGCAUUCUGAUUAUUCUUGGAACAAGCCAAAUUCUUUCCCCUGUCAGUACGUUUGCAUGUGUAAUAAAUGUUGCAUCCCAGACCUGUCUGCCUUCUUACCCUAUUUUAUUUUCAUCAUAGCACUUAUUACCAUCUGAAAUGAUCUCAUUUAUGGUUUGUCUCCUCAGUGAUUAACACAGUUCCUGCACACAGUAAAUCAGUGGUUCUCAACAGGAAGUGGAGAGGUCAUCCUGAGGGGAACAUUUAGCAAUACCUAGAGACAUUUCUGGUUGUCAUAACCAGGGGAAUGCUCCUAGUGGAUAGAAGCCAGGGAAGCUGUUAAACCCAUUCCACAAUGCACAGGACUGGAACAAAGAAUGAUCUCACUCAGAAUGUCAGUGUUGCCAAGGUGGAGACAUCCUGCAGUAGAUGCUUGUGGCAGAGGGUACUGGUUGUCCCCCAGUAUUCAUUCUUUCAUUCACCUGUGUUAAUACAUGCUCCAGUUUUGUAUUUUUUUUAUAAACAGCUGUCAAGCAUAAAGAUAACAUUUUCCAUCUCCUUGUAUGUAAGUGGAAAUAGGUAGGACUGUCCAUGUGGGGCCAGUUUCUUUUUUUUCUUCCUCUGUCCUGCUGCUUGAAACAUAUAUGCUGCUAUUUUAGAUCAUGAGGUUGAGGCCAUGCAAAGUGGAGCAACAAGAAGGAGCUGUGUCCCUGACGCCAUAAGCACCACACCUGUCCUGAAUUGCUGUGAAUGACACCAGAUAACUGCAAUGCAUUGUCUCAACGUCCUAGACAUAAUAAAAAGCCAUAAAUAUGUUUGUCCUAUGCAGCACAAAACCUUUGUAUCUUUGCCUUUUAUGUUGAGAUCUUAAUUAAAAAUUACUUCCUCUAC